UCUGGACCAAUCAUGAGUCGACUAAGAUAUAAAUAGUAUCUGAUUUACAUACUCCCUUGCAAUCCACGCUUGUGAGGCACAGUCAACCACUUGCCUUGGUACUAAAAAGACCGCGCACUUCUUGAUCGAUACCCACUUUCUUGUKUUCGUCUCUUACCCGUGAAUWUAWGAUGGACGGCUCAAGAUUUUACAAUUCAAACCGACCUAGAACAAGCACCCCAAACAGUUCAGCAAGUUCAACGCCUUGCAGUAGCAGAUCUCGACAAAGUUCUUUUGAGGGUGAAACACCACUUUCAUCAAGGCAGAACUCUGCUAUGUCUUCUAAUAUAUCAAUGUUUCAAGAGCAGCUGACGACCGUUCUUCAAAAGCUUGAAGAAACAACAACUACAUUGAAAUCACUAACUGAAAGAAUUGAAGUGAUAGAAAAGAAUUCUGGCGAUGGUUUGAACACGGUGGACGACAAGAAAAAAGGCAGAAAAAGGAAACGUCCACAAGAUUCUUUAACAAUACAGGAAAAGAUCCAUAAUUUUCACGCGAAAAGAGAAGACCGCCGAAAGUAUAAAGGGCUUGAAAGGUWAAACCAUUGUAUCGUAGUAAAAUAG